AUGGUUUAUAAACUUCUGUCUUUAGUGUUAUUGAAGUGCUCUAUCAUCUCACAGAUCAAAGAUAGUGACUUUAACAUCUUUUUCAUAAGAAUACCUAAUGAUACACCACUUAGUGUAUUAGACUAAGUAGGCCAAGUUAGCAAGUUACAUUAAUAGUCAUUUGAUUGGUAGCAUUAUGAUUUUAUGAGAGACUACUAAAACAAUAGAAUUUAAGCGGUUGCCAAUGCACCAAAGCAAGUUAAUUACUACACUAAUAUUGGUUCAGACAAUCUUUUUGUAUUUUAUGAUAGUAAUCAUAACAAUGAAAGUACAGUUCACACCAUAGUUGAAGACCUGCAAUUACAAAUGGAUUUUGAUUUACUUAAAAUAGAUUUCAAUCCAUAUCAUGGGUUCAUCAGAGAUGAUGUGACUUUCAAUCAAGUCUUGAGUAUCAUUAAGGAAGGAAAACUUCCCUACCCUAGUCAUGUUAAUGGAACAAUUAGAAAGUUUGAUUCAGAUAGUGGUUUGAAAUUACUUGAAAGAUUCCGAGGAUGGAGGAAUAAGCCUGCAUCUCUAAUAUAAUACAACUUUAAAUUUCCCGUUAUGAAGCUCAACCCUAAGAUGAUUAUUGAAAAAACUUUGCCAUCUAAGGGAGAUUUACUUAUUUUCUUCCAUUCAAAUGAAUACACAGAAUGCUAGAAGCAUAAUCAGCAAUGGAACACUCUUGCAAAGCACUUCUCUAAUGUAUAAGGUUUGAAUUUCGCUGAGAUAGAUUUUACAAGUGAUACGUUAGUAGGUGAAUGGUUUUACUAGUUGCCUAUGUUUUUCUUAUACAAAAAAGGAAUGCACUAUAAGUCUUACUAGAUGGAAGCUAAUCUUAAGACUUAGCAUAUAGUUUAAUAUUUGAAGAACAAUUCUCAAUCAUACAAGAGUUUUGUUAAUAACUAGAUUGAGAAAAGAGCAAUUAUGAAAAAAUAAGAUUAUUAUGUUUUUCAAAAUUAUUGCGCCCCUAUCUACACUCAUCCUCAAAGCGUAGCUUUAAAUCUUAAACAUCAGCUUUUAGACUAUGAUGAUAUUGUAACGAGAGAUGUUAAUCAAAAUAUAGAAUUAGUAGGUUAUGCUUUAAGACCAUUUGAAGAGUAUAGAGGCUAAAGAUUAGGGUCAGAAUUCCUAGAAAUAUUAAGAUUUGAUAACUCAAUGGCAUAGACUAAGGCAUUCGUUGUUAGAGCACCGUUAUUCGCAGAACAAAGAAAAUAAUUCUGGGCUUUAGUAAAAGACGGCUACAUGCCAAUAGGAAUGAUGGGCUAUAUGAGUUAUCCAAAGUAUGAUAGCUAUGAAGCAUUUCUUGAUGAUAAAAUUCCGUUACUUAAAGAUUCAGGUCUCACUCAUAUGUUUAAAGCGUUUGCUGGCUGGUUACAUAGUACGAAAGAACCUGGAUAAUUCAUUGGAAAUCAGCAUCCAAGGCUAAGAUUUUCAGAGUCUGAUUUGCAAUACUAUAUAGUAGAUACUGCUGUGCCAAAAAAUAUUACUUAAACCAAAAAGGAUAUUGAUCUCUUGUAUAUAAUCAACGAUGAAGAAUAAAUUGACUUCCAUAUGAAGACUCAAAAUUGGAAAUUAGCUUUGGCAAGCUUUGAAAAGAUAGCGAAUUCAUCAUCAAAAAUCAAGGUUGUCUCAAUGGGAAAGCAGUUACCCAAACAUCUGAAAGGAAAAAUUAUCAGAAAGAAAUUUGUGGAAUAAAACGAAGAAUUCUAUGGGUAUUUAGCCAGGGCUAAAGUUCUCUUUGUUCCUAGUGUUCAUAAUUCUUCUCCAAAACUAAUUACUCAAGCUUUAACCUUAGAUACUGCUGUAUUAGUAAAUUAAGAUAUUAUUGGAGGAUGGAAUUAUGUGAAUGAAUAGACAGGUGCCUUCUUCAAAGAUGAAAAUGACAUUUUACCAGUUUUAAAAGAUCUAAUAAAAAAGUAAAAAGAAAAGAAACUAUCACCUAGACAAUGGUAUCAAAACUAUUUUGUGAAAUAGCCUAAGAGACUUCAAGCAUUUGUAGAAUUGCUUAGAUGGGAAUACAAGAAACCUCAAGAUGAUCUUUAUUAUAUGUAAUGA